AUGCGUUUCACUACCGCCCUCUUUACCCUCGCUAGCUUCGCCUCGGUCCAAGCUGCGGCGAUUCCUGUCAAUGAUUUGUCUACCCGCGCUGACGACGCAGCGCUUGAGAAGCGUCAUUUCUAUUUCCCUGGUCGCGAUGAAAUCUCUCCCGAGAAGCGUCACUUUUACUUCCCUGGCCGUGAUGAAACCUCGCCUGAGAAGCGUCAUUUCUAUUUCCCUGGCCGUGAUGAAGUUGCAGAAUAG